AUGGAGACGCUGAACCUCCAACCCUCGCAGCCACAAUGUCCGCCCACGUCGGCUGGCAGCAGUGACAGGGGGGGGGGUGCCGGAUGGGGAGGCCUGCUGCAGGAUGGGACUCUUAUUGAGCGUUUGAGCGAUGAGCCAGGUCAUCACAUCUACCAAACUCAUCCAUCAUGCCCCACAAAUGGACACAAAUAA